AAAUGUUUGGUGUCAGUGUGGACAUCAGGGUCAGAGGUCAGAGGUCAGAGUUUCAACUGCUCAGAAAAUAAAUGAAGAUUCAGAGAAAACAGAGAGAGUGUCUCCAUCCAGAGGAGCAGAGAGGAACUGCAGGUGAAUACCUGAACUACACUGAUGAUAUAUGUGAUGUGCUGAUGUCUGUUGUGAUGAUGUUUAUCAGCCUGGAUGGACUGAGUACGGUGGCCCUGAGGUCCAACACAGAGGAGGUGAACAUCAGCUCUCCUUCUGUCACGUUCUGGUUUUAGUUUCUUGUUCUCUGGAAUAUUAUUCUUGUGUUUUGUCCAGUGUUGUGGUGUUUGGCUCCUCAGGGCCACCGUAGAGGAAUGUUAACCACACCUGAUGGCCUGAUGGCCUGCAGGUGUUUAUACCUGAGAUCAGACUCGACAGUCGACGUCCUGUCAGGUGAGUUACUCAUUAAAAACAACUGGUCCAGAGUCACAUUUGUUGUUGUGACAAUCUGUGUGGUAAACUCCACCCGCCUGGUGUAACAGGAGCCAGAAAGCAAACGUUCUCUGAUCUGCUGAUUCAACAGGCACCAACACAGUUUACCACAGUUUCACUUCCCUCUGCACACGUUUGUUUCUCUCACUCUUGCUUCACUGGUAUGAAUUUAUCCACAGAGGAACUUCCUUUUCUCUCCUGUGUCAGAACAAACACACUCGUCUCUAUGAGCGACCGAGGCUCUCUCUGAUUCUCUGAACCAGUGGAUCAGCCGGUAAGAGGACAGACGAUCAGCUGUCAGGGCGAGAUGGCAGAACCACAGAGGGACAGGACCGAGCCCACAGCUCUGACUGCAGCUGAAGGUCCCAGUUGUUCCAGUCUGACCACUAAGGAGCUGCAGCAGAACCUGAGAGCAGUGAAGCAGAGAGAGCGACCGGUCCGGCUGCUGUUUGAAAUCCCAUCCACUCGAAUCAUCGAGCAGACUCUGUCCAGAUAUGUGGUGUAUCAGAUCGUGGUGAUGCGUUCAGGGAGCUUUGACUCCCGUCGUGUCUCGGUGGAGCGUCGUUACAGUGACUUCUCCCGCCUCCACCACAGACUGAUGGAGGAGUUCAGUGAGGAGCUGGAGGAGGUGCCGCUGCCCCGUAAACUCCUCACCGGGAACUUCUCCCCGGAGAUGAUCUCUGAGCGCCGCCUGGCCCUGCAGGAUUAUUUAGCCCAGCUGUUCUCGGUCCGCUGCGUCCGACUCUGCCCCCACUUCUCCCGGUUCUUCACGGAGCAGGAGCAGAGGAGGGCGCAUGCUUUACUGCGGGCGGGGCAGUUCGACGCGGCUCUGGAGCAGCUGCAGCUGGUCUUAGAGAUCCAGGAGAAGCUGUUACCGUGGCAGAGCCCCACCCUCACCGUCCCCACCCUCUCCGCCCUCGCCGUCUGUUACCGGGACCUGGAGCGGCCGGAGCAGGCCUUCUCCGCCGCUCAGAAGGCCCUGCCCCCGGUCAGACGGUACGGGCUCAAACACUACCGGGCUUCCCUGCUGGACCUGCUGGUGGAUCUGGGCUACCAGCUGAGGCGGCCUGUGGCCCAGCUGCAGGAGGAGCUGACCGGCCUGAGAGACGCAGAGAGAGGAGAGGUGUCCUCCCGCUCCCUGAAGGAGCUGGUGGUCCAAGAGUUCAUCUGACGACUGGAGAACAGACCACAGGCCAGCAGAGACCAGCAGAGACCAGCAGAGACCAGCAGAGACCACAGACCCAUUAUUUGCAGCAUUAAAGAAACAUAUCCUCUAACAGGUGUUGUGUUCAGGGACCCGGUGUCAGAACAUUUUGUCCUCCUGAGCAGAUUCCUCAGAACUGAUCCAGCCCAGGAGGUCUGGAUUCAGAGGCAGCAUUCAGACACAGGGUCAGAGGUCAGAGGUCAGAGGUCACAGAGACAGAUUCAGAUUCAGGUCUUUGUUUGUGACAGAGUCAGCAUAUUAGGAACACCUCUGAGUAUAACACAGUCCAGUGUAACACUAUCCCUGAUCCUGAUCCUGAUCCUGAUCCUGAUCCUGAUCUGUGCUGAGCUUCAGUCUGAUCUGAAACUUAAAUACUGAUUCUCUGACAGUCGGCCUCCGUCAGAGACCAGGAUCCAGUAAAUCACUUGUUCCAGUCAGUGACAGACGGUGAUCAGUGAGUGAGCAGGAUGUUUCCUGUGUGGUGAAUGAAUGUCUGCAGACGAAGCUGAGUGUGCUCACAGAUUGGUCAACACACAAACUGAGUUUCAACAAAACAGUCGAACGGCUCAAAACUCUCGAGUUACACAACGACACGUCUCUCUGGGUUUUCUUUGUUUUCGGUGACAAGUCAGAGAGGAUUUGUAAUGAAUGUCUGUGAAGCAGCAGAGGAUCCUGUAAAGGUUAGAGUUGGAUUUACUCUGAGGAAUGAAUGUAAUGAACUCAGAGGAAGCUUGGUCUCAUUUCUUGUUCAACAUUUAGCAGCUGUUCAGAAGCUUAAAUCAUCUUUUUCUUUCUGAUCAUGGAUCAUUUACAGAUCAGAGUCACUUCAGUAAUCUGAGCAGAUGUACACUGUGUAUUCACCUGUGAUGUGGCUGUGACUCUCUGUGCCUAUAGACUUUAUAAUAAAUUAUCAGCUUUCAUUUAUUACAUUCUGAUCUCUGAAUAAACACUGAUUUCUCCUCA